GCUCCCCAAAAAGUAGCCGGGCUCCCCGGGACCGCGCGGACGGAGGGACGCCGCGCCCGGCUUCCAGGCGGACCCGAGCGCACCCCGCGGAGCCGCGGGGUCCGGGCAGCACAGACCGCGGCCUCUGACCCCACCCCGCAGCCCGGGUGCGAGCAGCGGGAGCAGGAGCGGAGCGGACGCCGGAGGCCCCCGGAAAGGGCGCCACCGAGGCGCCCGGACCCCUCGGCCGGCCAUGGCCGACGGCGGCGGCACGGGCGGCUCGGGGCCCUGGUGGAAAUCGCUCAUGAACAGCAGGAAGAAAAGCAAGGAGGCCCCGGUGGGGGUGCAGCCCGCCGCCCAGCCCGCCCCCGGGGAGCCCGCGCCGCCCAGCCCGGACUGGACUAGCGGCUCCCGGGAGAACCAGCACCCCAACCUCCUGGCGGGCGCCGGCGAGUCCCCCAGGCCGGACAAGCUGGGCGCGGACAAGCCCGGCAGCAGCCGCCGCAACCUGAAGAUCUCGCGCUCCGGGCGCUUUAAGGAGAAGCGGAAAGUCCGCGCCACGCUGCUCCCCGAGGGGGUCCGGUCCCCGGAGGAGGCGGACUUCCCUGCGGACCCCCAGGAGGACCAGCCUUAGCGGGGACGAACGGUCCCUCUUCCCACCACGGCUCCCCAACCCCCAGCCCCCGAACCCGAGACUUCUGGCCUGCCUCUGAGCUUGGUGUCUCCAUCCCACCAAGUCAGAAUCUCAGCGCAAGGCCCCCCUCCGUGAUUUCACGCUCUGGGAAAUGGAAGUGUCCAUUGAGCUUUCCAUAGUUCGUGACUCACGGCUGCAUUCAAUAUUUAUUUGUGGUCAGAGAAGAUGCCCACCACCCAGGAAGUUGGCCUGAUGAUUAUCUCCAAAGAGCCGUUCUGUGGCCUGUGGGAGCGAGAGGGGUACCACGGCUCUAAGAGAGGGGAGCGCCCCUCGAAUGGGGCAGACCCCCGUGGGGAGGUCGCACGCUAAGGAAGAGCUUGCUGUUGGAGAGCCACCAGGGCUGUUUUCAAUGCCUGAGAAAUGCACUUUAGAAGUACUUCUGUAGAUCUACACCGCAAGGAGAGCAGGAAAACCUUCUAAGUAGAAGCGUGUGAAGGCAAGGUUGCUUUUAACCUCGGCCUGCAAAACUGUCCUGCCUGUUUUCAUACCAUUAAAACUGUUGCACUGUAAGACGCUAAGGUGACUUUUGUACUUUUUUCCACUGCAAGACUGUAGCCCGUCCUACGUCAAAGCAGGCAUGCAAAAUCCCGGGUUACAGAAUUAAUCAUUGGCUACACGAUGUAACAGCUACUCUUGGAAAGCUGCAGGGAGAACAUUUCUAGAAAGAAACCAGCAGCACCCAGAGUGGAACCAGUUAGCCAGAUCCCUAUUUAUUAACCUGAGGCCAGGAAAGGGGGGGAGGGAGAUACUCAUUCAUUAUUCCUAAAUUCUCUUGGCUUCUGUGCAUCCUCAUACAUGCGUCACGAUGCCAGUAAGCAUUCUUUUCCGUCUCCUUGCGAACCUUACUAACAAUUGUCUGAAAAUACUCCAACAGGAGGACUGAACUCUCCGUGUAUGCAAAGCCAGCUGCUUUUCCCAGGAUUUUGUUUCAAAAGCUUAUUUCUUUAGUCUGACGUAUGCAUUUAUCAAGUUUCAAAGCCUUUAGAUCAACCAACCUGGAGAUUCUUAACAAAAAUCUACCUGUUUGCUUUUGUCAUGAACUUUAAGAAAAAGAGUAAAUGAAUACCAUUCGCUUUCAGCAAA